UCUGUGUUCCCCCCUUCCAACUCGCAUUCAUUCCUCCAGCCUUCCGUUACUAUAACCACCCCACACCCCCACACGGUCCAUUUCACCCAACCCCCCCUCUCUCUUCCUAUCUCUUCCCGUUACCGGGACAGCCGAAGGGCCGUUGUAGUACCAGUGUGAGCGUGUGUGUGUACCAUCCGAUCUACCAUCUCGUUCGGGUCAUGACGCUCGAAGCGAUCCGUUACCGGGCCGGGUCCCUGCAAAUCCUCAACCAGCUGCUGCUCCCGCACCAGACGGUGUUUGACGAGAUUCGCUCGGUGCAAGACGGAUAUGAAGCCAUCAAGUCCAUGAAGGUGAGGGGGGCUCCUGCCAUCGCCAUUGUGGGCUGCCUGAGCCUGGCGGUGGAGCUGCGUGCCGGCGCCGGGGGCGACGACCCUGUGACCUUCAUCCGCGAGUCUCUGUGUCACCUGACCUCGGCCAGGCCCACCGCCGUCAACAUGGGCCGCGCCGCCCGCGAGCUGAUGGAGCACGCGGAGAACGAGAGCAUGGAGAAGAACACUGACCAGCUGAGAGAGAGUGUGAUUGGCUGGAUUGAGGAGAUGCUAGAGCGGGACGUCAACGACAACAAGAAGAUCGGUAACUAUGGCGCCCAGCACAUCCUGUCUGGCGUCCCCAGAGACUCCGUCACCAUCCUCACACACUGCAACACCGGCUCACUGGCCACCGCUGGAUACGGCACCGCUCUGGGUGUGGUGCGCAGCCUCCACUCCCUGGGCCGUCUGAGGCGUGUGUACUGCACGGAGACGCGUCCAUACAACCAGGGCGCCCGGCUGACGGCCUACGAGGCGGUGUCUGAGGGCUUCCCUGCCACGCUCAUCACCGACAGCAUGGCCGCGCUCGCCAUGAGGGAGAGGGGAAUCACAGCCGUUGUUGUCGGGGCCGACAGGGUGGUUGCCAACGGCGACACGGCUAACAAAGUGGGCACAUACCAGCUGGCCAUCGCCGCUAAGCAUCAUGGGAUCCCGUUCUACGUGGCGGCGCCCAGCACGUCAUGUGACCUGAGUCUGGAGAGCGGCCGGGACAUCGUGAUAGAGGAACGCCCCGCAGAGGAGCUCACCAGCAUCAACGGGAUCCCCAUCGCCGCACCAGGUAUAGACGUGUGGAAUCCGGCGUUUGACGUGACCCCCCACCAGCUGAUCACGGGGGGCAUCAUCACAGAGCUGGGGGUCUUCCUCCCCUCAGAGCUGCAGGCUGCGCUCACAGGUCGCCUCACCGCCCUGUAGACGUGCUUGGCUUCCCCUGCUGGCAGCAGAGCGGUACUGCAGGUGUACGCUGUUAUAUAUACCACACACACACUCAUACUCUGUUCUCUCUCUCACACACACACACACACCAGGGGCAUUUCAUUAUACAUGAGUGGGACGAGUCACACACCUUUUAUUACGAAAAUUAUAUUUAACGGCCGCAACAACAACAAAAAAACACAUUUGAGAACAAACCUACGUCCCUGAUACACACAAACACACACACACACAAACUGUCCUCACACAACUCAGUUUACUACACACACACCGUUAGUGUAAUGCUUCCAUGCUUAGCUACCACUGUCUCACUUAAACUCACAGGCUUCUGUAGUUUCCCCUUGGGAUUAAUAAAGUACUUACUUACCUGGGUUUACCCAAACACACACACACACACACACACACACACACACAGGGCUCAGACAGACACACAAAGACAUACACACAAUCUCCCUCUGUCGCUCUCUCUCCUUGCUCUGGUGUUUUCUGUGCUUCAAUUACAUCCCAUGGUCUCUCCUCUCUCCUUCCCGAUAUCUCUCUCCCCAUCCCUCUUUCUCUCCAUAUCUCUCUGUCUUUCUCUCUCUCCCCCUCUCUCUUUCUCUCUCCAUAUCUCUCUUUCUCUCUCUCUCCCCAUCCCUCUUUCUCUCCAUAUCUCUCUUUCUCUCUCUAUCCCCAUCUCCCUACAAAGAAUUGUAAUGAAAAGGUUUUAAUGCGGUGAAUGAAGCCUAUUUAUCAGUUGUCUCUAAACUCACAACCUUGAUAAUCCUUCUAAAGGAGAAUUGUACAACAGCGAUUAUAUUGGAAGAGACUUUACAAGGUUGCAUUUUUCUCUUCAGCGGUUUGUGGUGCUUAAAAUGCUGCUUCUUCUUACUUUAGGUGUAGAUACAUAUUAAUCUACAAGUGUGUACAUACGGACUGAAGCUACCACCACCAUGAGAAUUGAGAGUAGCAACAUAUUGAUCAUUAAUUUGUAGAAAAACACCCCUCCGCUCCCAACAGGCCCCCCCAAUCUAAAUGUUAUAUUAACAUUUAUUUCCCUAGUUGUUUAACAUAGUUGUGAUAGUAUGGUUUAAAGGUAAAGUUAGACGGAUCAUGAAACAUGACAGGAGAUAUUCAGGCGCUGGCCCUUUAAGAUCCUUUAAAAGGUUCUUUUGGAAGCCAAGCUCUAAUAGGAACUCUGUUUGGAUUCUCUAGAACACCCUCCGCUCUGAUUCCCCCCACACAAACACCUCCACACACACACUAUGACAAAACAUCAUUGCUUCUUUGGUGACUUGAUAUCAUGACUGGUUACAUGAUUUUGAUUAUGUAAUUAAAACAAACAGACAAAUUGGCAAAGGGAUACUUACAUGAAAACAAUAUUGGAAACUAGCUACGAUAUUACUACACCUCUCACCAAUCUAGUAUGAAUGAGAUGCCAGGAAGGACCCGCUCACUGUACUGAAUGUCUCACGCCCCUGGUAACAGGCCGGCUCUGUUCACUGCCUUACACCACCAGCAGGUAUAGCACCACUGCUACUCUACAUGCUAACAGAAUCAGGACUAAAGCUAAGCUAACACGCUAACAGGACCACUGCUAAGCUAACACGCUUUCGGAAUCAGGACUACAGCUAAACUAACAUGCUAAGAGGACCACUGCUAUGCUAACAGGACCACUGCAAUGAUAACAUGCUCACAGAACAAGGACUACAGCUAAGCUAACAUGCUAACGGGAGAGAACAGUCCUUGCACUGUUCCCAAGGCCUGCCUUCCACUCCUCCCCAAACACAGACCCCCCUUCUGUUCUUCACCAGUGACCACACAAACGCACCCCUUCAUCUCUGCUCCAUCCCUCGAACCUGCUCCACCCACCCCCACAAAUUCUAUUUUCUUCGCCCAGAGGACGGUCUGUCAAGAUGGAAAGUUCCAGAACCUUCCUGUCAGAAAAGUGAAAAAAAAAAUCAAUCUAACAAAAACAAACCACCACCACAAAAAAAAACUAAAAUAAAGAGAA